UAUUGUUAUAUUCACCAACUUUUUAUUUUGGCAGAUUUUUGUAACAUUUCCGAUUCACAUAUAUGAGGAAAUGAUCUUUCUGAUUCUCAACUAGAAUCAAAACCAUAUUUUUAUUUAUCCUGGCCUAAUUGACAAAUGUCUAUCAAUGUAAUGUGAAGAUCCCUGGGCAAUGUCCUUGUAAACACGAGUAGAGUAUUAUGACUUGGUUAUGUUCUGUUUUAGUGUCAGACAUUUUACCUGUAAAGUAUACAUGUACAUGUCACAUUGUCUUAUCUCACCGUAAAAGCUGUUGAUAGCUCUGUAUAUUAUAAUUACCUAUAAUUAAUCAAAUGGGUAGCAUUUUUCAGAUUUUAUGUGGAUAUUUGUUAACAAAUUAUGAUAGAACACAUAGUUAUAUCAAAAUAUUGCCAUGAAAAAUAUCAAUUGCCAUUAAAAGUUAAAAUAACAUUUCCACAAUAUUUUGUUUUCAGUUUUUUUGUGAAAUAUCACAAUGUCCUUUAUGUUCUAUUUUAGUGUCAAAUAUCAAUAGGGUGAACCCUACAGGGUGAACUUGUACAUAUUGGCUUAUCUCACAUUAAAAGCAAAAAAAUUCUAUUUAAUUAAAUGACCUGAAAAGACCUGAAAAUAAUCUCUUAUCAAAGAACAGAAUAUGUGGUACUGAAUGUUUUAUAUUUCUAUUGUACAAUUGUACAUUGCAAUUAUUAAGUUAUUAGUCUGAUGUAACAAGGACAGUUUGGUGUUAUAUGUUACCUGCUAUAUAAGCUUUAUAAGCUCAUUAGCUUGUUAUGCACUGUAAUAGCAUUGCAUUCAUGUGCUUUUGCCUUAAUGACUUAAGAGCGCACAUCACUGCAUUCUGAAGCAGAUUUCUAGAUAUCAAGUUUGACAUAUAUGAUUGCUUUUUGCCCUCUACAAAAAUAUGAAAGUGAAACAGUUGCAACAUUAAGUUCAGACGAACUGUUGGCAGCAAUAAAAUAAGACAUCAUUGGAAUUUAUUUUCAACAGGAGCAUUUAUCUUUUCACUCUCCUUGAUUUCUCCUGGUUUAAUCAGAUUGUUGACAGCAACCAUUGCAUAGAAGAGACUUCCAUAGUCAGAGAGAUACUUGUUGGUAAAACCAGCAGUUUUCAAAGCUAUACUGAAGUGUAUGAAAAUAACAACCAGACGCAUAUAGCAGAAUGUACACAAUGAAUCCUGCUGUUUUCAUUUUGCUGAUAAUUUGCGCUAUCACCAUUGAUGCAGCGUUUGAUGCCAAUAACCCAAUGAGAAAAACUUGGUGGGCCAAGCGUAUAGCAAAUGAUUUCUAUACAGCUGGUCGUAUUUCAGCUAGACAAAUAAAGUAUGCACAAGAAGAUGGUUUCAAAUCAAUUAUAUCUGUCAUCAACUUUACUGAACCUUUAACAAAUGGAUUAGAAGAGUUCCCAACAUCUACUGAUUGUCAAGAAAUAGCAAAGAAUGCUGGGAUACGUUAUGAGGUUGUGGUUCCCCCAUCUGGAAAUUGGAAACAAGAUCUGGAGUUUGUUCGUCUAUUUACAAUUUUAGCUGACUCGCUACCCAAACCAUUAUUGGUCCAUUGUGGUGUGUCGUAUGCUGCCACAUUUUCCCUUCUAAACUACUUUGCAAAUAAGUACAGAAAUGAUUCAACAUUUACUCCAAAGGUUGAUGGCAAGACCUUCUUUGAGAUAGCUUCAAUGCAUGGAAUGAACUAUAACGAACCUGAAUUCAAACAGACUGUCUCAUUGGUAACUGGUGAGGAUAUUAGUGGAAAUGUGGCUGUUCCUGAUAUUCCCAUGGGACAGUGGUGGUGGCCGACAUGGCAAAUUAAGCCUGUAUACAAGAAUAUGUUUGUUGCUGGCCAGAUUCAUUUUACAAGUUUGGCAGGAUUGAAUAGCACUGGUUUCAAAUCAUUGAUAAACCACAGAAGAGGUGUUACUCUAUCACCCAAUGAUCCAACACCUUCACAAGAAGAAGCGUCACUUCUUAACAUCAGAGACCAAACAGGGACAUAUGCAGAAGGAGGAAGGCAAAAUAUUACACGCCUACUUGCAACACGAAUUGAUCCCAGCAGACCCAACACUUACAUAUCCAAUACUUCCCUGGUUAAUUAUGAGGCUAGGAACCAGCUUGAGUUUGGUGAUGAUGUUGGGUAUAAUGAAACAAUGGAAAGACAAGCAGUAGAGGCAGCUGGUUUAAAGUACUAUCACCAUCCAACAGGUUAAUUUUGGUGUAGGUCAAUAUGGGCAAUUUUAGCUGCAGCUGACUAUUAUGGACUUGACUAUGAUUGGGCCUUGAAGCGUUCUA